AUGGCGCUGAGCGCGCUGCCUCCCGCAGGGCCCUGCAGUGCCGAGGACAAGUACAGGAUGUGGAUGCGGCACCGCUACCGCAGCUGCCUGGAGUGCCUGGCCGAGCUGCUGGCGCACGAGGCCUUCCAGGUCAAGCGGCUGCCUCCCGCAGGGCCCUGCAGUGCCGAGGACAAGUACAGGAUGUGGAUGCGGCACCGCUACCGCAGCUGCCUGGAGUGCCUGGCCGAGCUGCUGGCGCACGAGGCCUUCCAGGUCAAGGAACUAGCGCUCUGCACCCUCAUGAGGUUUGUCGAGUUGGAGAUAGGACACCCAUUGGUCGAGCCAGAGUGGAAGGGGGGGUUCACUUUUCCCCGUGAGCUUCUGAAGAUAGUUGUUGAUGGACUGAUCCCCUUAAACGAGGAUGCCUCGCUCCUGAUCUCUCGCUUCCAAGAAUACAUGGAAUUCGACGACAUUCGGUACUUCGUGAUGAAGGCCGUCACGGAGAGCAUCGGACAAGUCAUGCAGAGGACAAAAGAGAGGCCACUGCCAAUAUACCAGCAGAACAUAUUUUCCCUCAUUUCACCCAUUAACAUGCCAAACAAAGAGCGUGACUUGGUCAAGUUUAUGGUGAAGCAAGGUAACCGGGAGGAGUGGAAAGUGUCAAAGCUGCAGGCACACAAGCAGGCGUUUGAAAAGAUGUGGCUCAGUUUUCUGAAGCACAAGUUGCCCACUGGCCUUUACAAAAAAGUUCUUGUUAUUCUGCAUGACUCAAUUCUGCCUUACAUGAAUGAACCUACUCUUAUGAUAGACUUCCUGACAGUGGCCUAUGGCAUAGGUGGAGCAAUCAGACUCCUAGCCUUAAAUGGAUUAUUUAUUCUGAUUCAUCAGCAUAAUCUGGAAUAUCCAGACUUUUACAAGAAGCUGUACAGUCUUUUAGACCCUUCUAUAUAUCAUGUGAAGUAUCGAGCCCGGUUUUUCCAUUUGGCUGACCUGUUUUUGUCUUCAUCUCACUUGCCAGCGUACCUGGUGGCAGCGUUUAUAAAGCGCCUCUCCCGGCUGGCCCUCACUGCUCCUCCCGAGGCUCUGCUCAUGGUCAUUCCCUUCAUCUGCAAUCUCUUCCGGAGGCACCCAGCUUGCAAAGUGUUGGUACACAGGCCUAACGGGCCAGAAGAUUUGUCAGAAGAUCCAUAUAUUAUGGAGGAGAAGGAGCCAUCUGAAAGCAGGGCUUUGGAAAGCUCCCUCUGGGAGCUGCAGUCUCUACAAAACCACUAUCACCCAGAUGUGGCCCAAGCAGCUGCUGUCCUGAACCAGUCUCUGUCAGAAAUAGAGGACAACAUAUCAGGGCUCUUGGAGCUCUCUGCUUGUGAGCUUUUUGAUAGAGAAAUAAAGAAAAAAAAUGCUGAUGUGCCCCUAGAGUUUGAGCCAGUGAGAGGUUUGUUUGGGAAGAAGAACGAUAUCUUUGCAGAGCACUUCACAUUAGAUUGAUAUGACCUGUAAUAAACACAUCUGCACAACUGACUGACCUU